ACGCCUGGGGCAGACUCUGCAAGCGGCAUGGAAGGCGCUGGGGGGCGGGGGUGGGCCUGCUCAGGCCCGCCGCGCCCGCCUCUCCCCUCCUCGCCGGGCUUGCUGCCUGAGUGAGUGGCCUGCCUCCGCGCACGCGCCCCCCAGCCCCCACCUCUGCGCAUGCGCGCGCCCGGCCCGACCCGACCCGCCCCUCCCGGGCCGGGGCGGCGCCUCUGCCUGUCAUGGCGUCCGAGGCCCUCCCAGGCGAGAAGCGGCUGCCACCGCCGACCCUGUAGCGGAGCCGCCGCCGCUGCCCGCGGGCAUGGAGAGCCUGCCUCAGCCUGUCUCCCCGCCGCCGCCGGGCGAUGGGGCUGCCGCCGCCGCUGCCGUCGUCCCUGCCUUGGUGGCGGCCGCCGCCGCUGCUGCUGAGGCGCGCCGCAUCUCCCCUCAGGAAGAGGCGGGAAGCUGCAGUCCGCGGCUGGCGGAGAAGGAGGAGGAGGAGGAGCGGGACCGGCAGGGCGGCGGAGGCGGCGGCGGCUCCCCUGAAGCGGCUCGGGUUCCUGUUGCCGGCGCGGAGGAGGAGAAGCAGCAGCAGCCGCCCAAGAGCUCGCCCGGAGAGGUGGCGGCGGCGGCGGCGGCGGCUCCCGCGGCCUGGGAGGAGUCGGAGUCCCCGGAGUCGCGUAGCCUGGAGGGCUCGCUGGGCUCCUUCUCCAACCUGCUCUCCUGCAGCUCCGACCUCAAUAGCGACUCGGAAGGCGCCGCCCCCGCCAGAGUCCCGGCGGCGGGAGGAGGAGACGGCGAGGAGGGCGCCGGGCCCGCCGCCACCACCGCCGCCUCCUCCUCCUCCUCUUCCUCUGCAGCGGCAGCAGCGGCGGUCGCUGUGCCUCCGCCGGGCGGCAGCCGGGAGCGCUUCCCGGGCCAGUCGGUCUACCACCUCAAGUGGGUGCGCUGGAAGGAGGAGAGCACGCCGGUCAUCACGCAGAACGAGAACGGGCCCUGCCCGCUGCUGGCCAUCAUGAACGUGCUGCUGCUGGCCUGGAAGGUGAAACUGCCACCAAUGAUGGAAAUCAUAACUGCUGAACAGUUGAUGGAAUACUUAGGAGACUAUAUCCUUGAUGCAAAACCAAAAGAAAUUUCUGAAAUUCAGCGCCUAAACUAUGAACAGAAUAUGAGUGAUGCGAUGGCAAUCCUGCAUAAGCUUCAGACGGGUCUGGAUGUGAAUGUGAAGUUCACAGGUGUACGAGUGUUUGAAUACACACCGGAAUGCAUCGUGUUUGACCUCCUUGAUAUUCCAUUAUACCAUGGAUGGCUAGUCGACCCUCAGAUCGCUGACAUUGUAAAAGCCGUCGGUAAUUGCAGCUACAAUCAGUUGGUGGAGAAGAUAAUUUGUUGCAAACAGUCAGACAACAGCCAGCUAGUUGGUGAAGGUUCCAUAGCAGAGCAGUUUCUAAACACCACUGCCACUCAGUUGACCUACCAUGGGUUAUGUGAGUUAACGUCCACCGUUCAAGAAGGAGAACUCUGUGUGUUCUUUAGGAAUAACCACUUCAGCACCAUGACCAAAUAUAAGGGUCAACUUUACCUUCUGGUGACAGACCAGGGUUUCCUUACGGAAGAGAAGGUUGUUUGGGAAAGCUUACACAAUGUGGAUGGAGAUGGAAACUUCUGUGACUCUGAAUUCCACCUGCGACCUCCAUCCGAUCCAGAAACGGUAUACAGAGGACAGCAAGAUCAGAUAGACCAGGACUAUCUGAUGGCCUUGUCCCUGCAGCAAGAACAGCAAAGCCAAGACAUCAAUUGGGAGCAGAUACCAGAAGGAAUCAGUGACCUUGAACUUGCCAAGAAACUUCAGGAAGAGGAGGAUAGGCGGGCCUCUCAGUACUAUCAGGAGCAAGAGCAAGCUGCUGCUGCUGCCGCUGCCGCCGCCAUUCAAGCUCAGGUGCCAGGAGCUGCUUCUCCUUCGACGGGGAGACAAUCUGGGGGCAGUGAACGGAAACGAAAAGAACCUCGGGAGAAGGAAAAAGAGCGAGAGAAAGAGAAGAACAGCUGUGCGAUCCUAUAACAGGAGUGGGAUUUGGCCUGGACCCAUGUGCAUAUCCUUGGAAAUGCAAACCAGGAAUCCCAAGGACUCAAAGCCCCACAGAGGAUGGUGCCUCCAGGACCUUCAGAGUUGUGCCCAUGCUGUCGGAAGAAUUUUGAGGUUUGCAGUUGGCACUUCUAAAGCCUGGUGAGAAAAUAACGGCCCCUUCAUAGAGGAGCCCACCGUCCCAGCAGGUUUUGCACUGCAGGAAUAGGAGUACCUUGGAAUAUCCGUCAAGCUAGUUCUUGUCUCCGUGCUGAAAGGAGGGGAUUGGUUUUCAGACUGGGCUCCUCUCAGAGGCCUCUGUGUUGGCACAAGAGAACCUUUUAUGAUGCUGGAGUACUUGAGCCCUUCAAGCAGCUGAGAAUCUUGCUGCUCUGUCACCCAUCAGCUCUUCCUGCUUGUGGGCUGGUGUUCCCUGGGUGAUCUUCAGCCACAGUUGGUCCUGGAUCAGUGCAAAUUAUUGGUUAACACGACUGAGCAUGGUGUGUCCGUGAAAGGAGUAAAGCAUGAGGCCCUGAGACCUGGUCAGGCUUAACUCUGCACUGUACCUGGUCACUGCCUCCUGUGUAAGGGCACAUCACACUGAUGCGCAAGACCAGAACAAUUCUCCUAUUUAUUGAUCUCUCUACACAAGAGUAGUGACUAGAAAGGAAAGCAGAUGUGCUAUGAUUUGUGGCAUUAAAAUGCUCAAUACUGGCCUUUCCCCCCAGAAGUACCUUGGAUGAGGAGCAGGAGGGUGUGCUUGUAUGCCUUAUCAAGUGUACUGUAGUCAAGACAAUCUGUUCUAUGUCCAUGCAGCUCUAAAGCACAUUUCUACAGUGUGAAAAUGGCUCCACUGCACUCUGUGGCGCUGAUCCUCACUGCCUUCUGUGAGGGAAUCCCAUGGAUUUUGCUGGGACUGACUUCACUUGUCUAAGAUGGUGUGGUGAGGAUACGACAGUGCCCUGGAUCAGAGCUUUGGUUGUAACCCUUGAUCCCCAAACUUUAGGGGAGCAGGUUUUAUAAUAGAUGAGGUGCAAAUGAGCGUGUGGUCUCUCAUCUUGUUCUGUUAGGCUUUAGCUACACAGCCCUUGGUGCAUUUGAGUAUGGUGGGCGGGAGGGGCCCAAACCCCAAGUCCAUCUCUCAGCAGAGACAAUGGCCUUGUCCAUCCUUUUGAUAACUUUAUAUCUCAAUUUGUAGAUGUUUCUGACAACAUUGCUGUCAUUCACGUAAAGCCUGGAGCUGCGCAUUUCUGGACAAAAGCCUUGACCCCUUGCAACGCAAGCAGGGUCGGUGUGUGACAGUCUUGCUAAUGGGGAGGGUGAGGCCUGCACUGUCACAAUUUAAAGUGUUUGAGGUGUGAACCUAUUUUUGCUGGGGUUCAUACAGCCCAUGGGAGCAGAGUCUCAUUUUAAACAGCCACUUUAAUUCCCCUACUUUUGCCAAUCAGUCAAGAGAGUAUUAUGUAGUUGUGAGAGGAAGACUAUUUGUAGAAGUUGAUUCUUGGCAACUGGGCUUGAACUGCCAUGGGAGAUGUUGGUACUUGCUGGGGUGGGGUUGCCUGCCGCCUUACAUUGACUGAGAAAUACUUGCCUUCAACAAAUAGGGAACAGUGUAACAGCUUCACUCGGAACUGAAAUUUACUGUGUAUCAUAUUCAAUGUAAAUGUAAAGAGUAUCUCUUACACUUCUCCAAAAUAUCUUGUUUCACAUAAAGCAUAUUACCCAGACCUGUAUUAGAGAAUCGUGCCAUCUUACAUUAUUGUUAACCCCUUACACAUAAGCUAGCACUAAAGCGAUAAAAGCUUUUUGCAAAAAACCCACAAAUAUUUGUUUACAUGUAAUGUAUGUAGUAUUUGGUUUUUUCCAUGCAAAAUAAUUUGACUGCAACAGUCACAUGGAUGGAUUCUUAAAAAAAAAAAGUGAGGGUACAGUUCUGACUUGCAUCUUCCACUUGCAAAGGUUCAAUUGCUUUGCAGGAAGAAUUGUGAGUCAGUUGUAGGCAGAUGCUGUCAGACUGUGUUGUACAUUUGAUGAAGCUGCAUGUCAUGAGAAUUGUUGUUGAUCAGUGCAGGAGUGACUUCCUUGGGGUUACACUGAAAGUGGCUUCUAGGAGGCUGAGCUCUAGGGUAGGGAUGUUGCUUCUCUUCCCAAUUCUUUGUUGAUGAUGCAACACUUAAGCUUGCUGUUGAAGAUCUGGACAUGACCCAACAGCAUGGCCGUUCUCUGGAACAACGGCUCACCCCUUUCCAGCUUGAUGUCGAAGUGGGCUCCUGGCAGCCCUUUUGGCUGCUUCACGCUGAGGGUGAGGCGAGGCCCUGUAUCCUGAGUCCUCCAGGGAGCAUGGCUGGCUCCCAUUUGCCUUGGCCACCUGGAAGGCAGAGUGAUGCGAGGGAGUGGAGGCCCAAGAGCUCUAACUCAAGGCACAUCCAGGGGUUUGUGGUACUCCUUCCUGGCUGAGAGCAAGCUGGUGUAGCUUUUGUGUAAGUUGUCUGUGACAAUGACACAAGUACAGGCCUGUCCCUUUUCCUUCACCAGAUGAGAAGUCCAGUCACCUACCUUUCUCUGAUGCAAGGAAGCCCUGAUCUCCCCCCCCCCCCACGCACACACACACUUUAAACAUCACUUCUGAAUGACUAAAUUAUGUAUGGGGUGAGGGGCAAGGGAUACCCAGAAAGAGGCCCCCGUUUUCUAAACCACUUGACAAUGCUUAAGAGCUUGGACUAGGGUGGGGGGAAGCAGAGUUGGGUCUCUUGCUGUGGCAAUUGAACUGAUGCAUACAAGAUUUGAGACUCAUGGUCACUAACCUCACCACUUGAGCACUGCCAAAUACUUUUAUAAUUUUCUAAAGAGGCACUUGUAAGAUGUUCCUUUUUUUAAAAAGAAAAAAAACACUUGAUAGUUGUGCUGGCUUGCAUCCUGUAGCAGUCAAAACUUUGGGUUAGUGCUUGUCGCCUUCCCACAGCAGCUGCUUCUCCCUUGCUGGACAGGCUGCUAGAAAGAAGGGAGGCUUCCAGCUGGAUAGGAAAUGCCUGCCUGCUCAGCCCUGGGCUUCUGGAGUGGGCACAGGGGCUACUGCCACAGGCAUGCAGAGGUGGUGAAACCGUUAGGCUGUGCAAGGGAGCUGAUACUGCAACAACAUUUUGUCCUAUCUCUGUGCAGAUUCCAGAUCAGUCACAAGUUAACUUGUUAGUAGAGCAGAUACUUUUGCAUGGAUUUCCACUGUGAUCAGCAAGCAACCAGCUUUGUUCUCUUUCAGAUCCUGCCAGUUGACUUUCAGUGUCUUGCUAUGACAACUGUUGCCAGUCUGUUCUUUUUUUAAAAAAAAAAUAUUUAUAACCGUCAAGGUGACUUCCUCAUGUAAUAAAAAAUGAUUUCAACUUCUGAA